AUGAAGUUCCCAACAGGCCUGUCCGUCCUGGCGCUCGCGCUGCGAGGAGUUGCGGCGACCCGAGAAGAAUGUCACUGCUGUCGAUACCUAGUCGCCGAGGAAUCCCUCCAAGGCAAGGUCCUCUUCGCCGACGACCAGCUCUAUGAAACCCGUCUGGCGUCGUACUACUCGGCCAACGCCGCCCUGUCCCCCUGGUGCAUGGUCCUGCCCACCAGCACCGCCGACGUGUCCAAGAUCGCCGAGAUCUUCUCGAGCCACUCGUGUCCCUUUGGCAUGAGGAGUGGCGCGCACUCUGCCUUUCGGGGGUCCAACGGCGUCGAUAUUGGCGUUACCGUUGACUUUGCAUACCUCAACGGCACAACCUACGAUGCCGAGAACAAGAUUGUCUCCAUCCAGCCCGGCUCCAACUGGGGAGAAGCCUACACCGUACUCGACCCGUACGGCGUAACCGCUGUCGGCGGUCGUGCAUCUGUCGUCGGUGUCGGCGGCUUCACUACCGGCGGUGGCUAUUCCUUCCACACCAACUCCCGCGGUUUCGCCUGCGACAACGUCGUCAACUUUGAAGUCGUGUUGGCCAGCGGCGAGGUCGUCAACGCCAAUGCCCAGGAGAACCCGGACCUCUGGAAGGCCCUCAAGGGCGGCUCCGGCAACUUUGGCUUUGUCACUCGGAUUGACCAGGCCGUGGUGGAAUCGACCCAGAUGUGGGGAGGCUUCGCCACCUACGACCAGAGCAAGCGCGACGACGUCUUCCGGGCCUACCUCCGCUUCGUCGACAACAUGGCCAGCGACCCCGCCAGCGCCAACAUCGUGGCCCUCAACUACGACGGCGCCGAGUUCACCCUCCGCUCCAUCCUCACCAACACCGACGCCCUCGAGGCCCCGCCGGCUUUCGACGAGUACAGCGCCAUCGACACCGUCGACUCCACCCUCCGCGUCGGCGCCAUUGCCGAGCUCGUCCCCGAAUUUACUGGUCCCACGCCCCUGGGUCUAUAUGCGAGCUGGCUAGUCGGCAUGACCAAGUCCGACUUGGACAUCAUGGCCUUCAUCGACGAGAAGCACAAGGAAUACGUCGCCUCCAUGACCGCCGCCGCCCCGGACGCCCUGUUCAACAUCCUCAUCCAGUUCCAGCCCGUCACCGAAUCCAUCGUCCGCCACGGCGCCGCCAACGGCGGCAACGUCCUCGGCCUCGAGGCCGUCGUCGCCGACGGCCCUGCCCUGAUGUGGCUCAUCGUCUUCACCGUCGACACCGAGGAGAACCAGGACAUCCUCCUCCCCCUGGUCAUGGACUACCGCGACGCCAUCAACGCCCGGGCCACCCAGCUCGGCGUCAACAGCAACUGGGACUACCUCAACUAUGCCUUCGCCGACCAGGAUCCCAUUGCGACGUACGGCGAGGAGAAUGUGCGGUUCCUGCGAGAGGUGUCCGACAAGUUUGACCCGAGCGGUGUCUUUCAAAAGCUUCGCAAGACGGGAUUCAAGAUUCCUGCUGAAGAAGAUACCUGCUUGGACUGA